CCGGGGCGAGCCGUAUUCGCCAUUGGAGGCGUCAUCAGUUCAGCUGAGCCCGACAGUCUGUCUGGACCGAAGAGUUCCAUGCCCUCCCCGACGAGUAGGUCUUACCCCUCCGUCACGAUUCGCUGGGAGGAUCUGGGCGACAAGCCGACCUGCCACACUAUCUCGCUGCCUAUUCUCGACGACGGUGGGCAGAGGGAAUUUGCGGACUUGGUUCGCGGUCACCAUGAGGGCCGCGUGAGCGAUUUUCUUGUCAAUUUCAGUCCGUACGACUACGGCAUCCUGGACGCAAUUGGCCGGCUCUUGUGUCCAGGCUACGGCUCUCCCAGGCACAAGGAAGUGAGAGCUUCUCUGAGCUCGUUGGAUGUAGGCCAAACCCCCUCGGGCCGCACCAGAACACUGGAUUGUGGUCCUGAGCCUCGCUCUGAUCAAAACUUUGGUCGUCUUCUCGUUUGUCUGCCCUACGAACAUAAAGGGGGCUCGCUUACACUUCUCCGCCAAGAGGACGAAAACGACACCGAGAGGCUGGAGCUGAAUUGGGCGGAGAAGAGCGGAUCUCUCAAUAUCCAAUGGGCCGCCUUCCUCAACCCGACCGACGUCUCGCAAACCGAGGUGGCCUCGGGCCACAGCAUCGUCCUCACCUACACUCUACGGCGGACCUCACACGGAAUAGGUGAGGCGCUUGUGCCUCUGCCCAUUCUGGACGUCACGACACAUUCGUGGUACCGGACCGUGGAGAGGGCGGUGGAGAGGGCGCUUGUCGAGAUGCGGAGCGUCGGUGAGGGGGGGAUAACGCUCGGCUACUCGUGUACAGGCCGCUACUCGUUCCCCUUGAUCAGCAUGUCGUCCUUGGCCGGCGAAGGUCUCCAAGGCUUCCUGACGGGCGGCGACCUGCUUGUCUACCACAUCUUGGCGCGG